UACUCUGUGUUUUUCAUCUUACACUUCUAUUGUGUAAUGUUGUUUGUCUCCUUGUUUUGUUAGGGGCAUGGGUCAGAAAGGUUGAGACACCUAACGUAAACAUGAUAUGGCCUGAUUAAAAGACAAACCUAAAGCAGUAAACAAGAAUCCAAUACAGGGGAAAGAUAACUAUAAUCCAUGAUGCAUGUGCCUAGCGCAUGACUGUAGUGACCUUGUAAGCAGUACAGGGGAGAAACCAGAUAAAAACGAGCGAGCACUCUGUUUCAGUGUCUCACUCUGCAGAAACUGUCGUUGCUGUAUGAUUGUGACCUUCUUUGCAAAGAAUAAAACUUUAAAAGACACCCUGGGUAAGACUUUGUCUUUUUUACCACAGAGAACGCCUCAUUAAAGAAAAAUUGCCACUACAAUUUGGUGUCAGAAGUGGGAUGUCUUGGAGGAACUUUUCCGGACCCUGCGGACGGUGACUGAUCAUCCUGAGACUUCGUGUCACAGCCCUGCCCCACUCGGUUGAGGGUUGAGGGGCCGACCGCCGGGCUCGGAGAGGAACCCCACUGACAUCUGGGAAAAAGAACUCAAGUGGCAUCUGAACUCUCUGGUAAAGGCCGCACAGGGGAAGGCUGCAGAGAAACCACUGCACAGUUUGAGGCCUGGCGAUUUCGUGGUAAUUCGAGAUCUAAGGAGAAAGAGCUGGAGAGCGAAGCGUUGGUUGGGUCCAUUCCAAGUGCUACUGACCACGGAAACAGCGGUGAAGGUCGCAGAGCGGGCAACGUGGGUGCAUGCUGGACACUGCAGGAAGAUCCCAUCACCUGAAGAGGAAACAGUUAAGGAAUGUGUGAGAAAGGGAGGCUCUGAAACUGUCUGAGAGAAAACAGCAGGCUGUUAUCUGAGUGAAGCAAGGACACAGCUGCGGAGAAACAACAACAUAAGUCAAGAUAUGUGUGUGAGACAGUAACUUCUGAGUUCAAAGCCAACACAGGCACAGAGCAACGAACGAGAAGGUGACCAAAAGAGAGGUGAAUAAGCUGUCAACAUCAACCCUCAAACCUGAAGAUGGACGGAAAGAUUCGUUGGUAUCCAGUUCGAGUGCCUGGAGUGUGUGGGCCGAAACCAACCAUGCUGUGGCUGAUGGUAACAUCAUUGACAUUAUGUUGCAUCAUUUUCCUUGCUCUGGAACUGGCAAUUGAAUAUAGAACAGAGCCUAACGUCUGCACAGGGAACUGUACGGAAACUGGGAUGACAUCACCACAAGCCAACCAUUCCAAAAACCUACGGGCAAAGAGAGCAUUAAAGGUGACGAUCGCCAUACCGGUCUACCGCGAAGAAGAGGAAGUGGUGACGGUGACUGAAGGGACAACGGUAGAAUUUUCCUGUAACCCGUACCUGCACAACUGUCCCUAUUGUGCUAGACCAGAGUAUGAAGGCACAAGCAAAGCUGAGUACGGCGAAGUCUACUUCUGCAAAGACUCAUGCAAGUGGAAGGAUGUGAAAGCCUACAGCAACCCGGCCAUAUAUGGAACGGAUGACCGAUUUGAAGUAAAGAAGAGGAAUAGACGGGGAAACAACAAGGAUGGGAUGACGGUUCUGAUGGAGAGAGUAAAAAUGUCCGACGCAGGCACAUACUACUGUGGUAUUGAUGUUCAGGGAACCGACUGGUAUGAGACUUUUAAAGUUGUUGUAAAGAAACCGGUUCCACACCCAGUCAAAGCGGUUGUGGGUCCGAUGGUUGAACCAGCAACCGAGACAGAGAAGGCCUGGAUGGGGAGCUAUGGCGAAGACGGAGGAAAGGGGCUGAACGAGCCAGUAAAAACAGCUAUGUCUCAAUGUCAGGGAAACAAAGCGUGCACUUUGGUUGUGUUACAGAAGAGGGAGCUGGAGAUCAACACAAGCUGUUGGAUGUGUUUGCAGAUGUCCCACUCAUGGAGAGCAGCCCCUCUAGCGGUGACAGCAUGGAAUGACACUAAGUGCCUGAUACCACUUCAAAUGACAAGAGUCUUGGAGGCCGGCAGGGACAUUGACAAUGGCCUAGUUCCAAGAGCAACGUCUGAUCCGAAUUGUGAAGCAUCACGGAUGAAUGAAAGAUCUGGAAUAGUGUUGCCACCCCUUCGAGUUGUGCACGCACGAGGAGAUGUGUGUGUGUGUCAUCCUUCACGAACGAAUGUGGCAAUAACGGGUUGGUCUGACUGCAGAUUGCAGAUAGAGACAGUGGACAAACCACCGUACAACUGCACAGCGUUAAUCAAAGGCGUAAGAAGGUACUUUAGGUGUCCAUUUGGCAGUCCAAGUGACACCUCACCAGCAGCAAUAUGGGUGUGUGGAGAUAGAGCAUUUCACUCACUACCAACAGGGGGGUGGUCGGGAUGCUGCUAUCCUGCUUUAAUGAAUGUGGGUACUUCAGUUUAUCUUCCAAGCAAUGAUAAAAACGAAGGGGGAAGACAUAGGAGAGGUGUUAGUAUUUUACCUGGUGAAAUGCCUGACAGAUAUAACGGAUAUGUGUUAUUCGAUCCUUGGACAUCAAUAGGGGCUAAUGUUGGGUGGUCAGUGUUUUUGGGAGGGGGUACAGCCGUGAGCAUAAACAAAAUUAACGGAUUGGCAUGGUCAGUCUUGGUAAUUGCAAAUAAGACUGAGACUGCUCUGACUUUGAUCAAUGACGAGAUGAAACAAAUAAGAGAUGCCGUAAUCCAAAACCGAAUGGCGUUAGAUAUACUAACAGCGGAACGGGGAGGACUAUGUAAAUUGGUGGGCGUGUCCUGUUGCUUCAGCUUACCUGAUUACAGCCAAAACAUUACUGACAUCGUGGCUCAUAUGAGAAUGGCCGUACAAGUGCCUAAAAGAGCUAACAGUUCAUGGCUAGACUGGUUGUCAUUCAAAUGGGGAGACUGGAUCUAUUGGGCCUGUACUGUAGUUGCACCUGUACUGGGGAUAGGUCUAGUGAUAUUAUGUUGCUUGCCAUGUAUAUUUAGAUUCGUAUCAUGGUCAGUAAGCAGACUUGUUACAGCAUCAACAUCACAUCAGAUGAUAAGGAUGGAUGUUAAUGAAGGUGGUAUGAACAUUGACAUGGGUGAUGAUUUUGACUAUGACUCUAAUGAUAGCGACAGCUAUGUGACUAUGGAAAAACCGUAAACAGUUUGAGAAUGAAAAUUAGGUGACGGCUGUUACUUAAUUGCAGAAAUUAACAAAACUGACAUUUGAGAAUGAAAUUACUAUUUGCUUGCUUAUAUGAAUUUUGGGUCUAUCCAAACAAAAACAGCAAAACUGCAUGAGUUGGUAUGUUCUGUAGCAAAUCUUAAAAGAGUGAUCAUUUACAUGAAAAUCGAGAGAAGAGUGUAAAUGUGAUGUAUGUUUAAGAGUACAGUAACAACAACGUGUUCAUAUGUUGUAAAUGUUAUUAAUGAUGAAUUAAUGAUGUAGAGUAUUAGUGAAUUUUAACUGAUUGAAGAAAUGUUUUGCAGAAUUUAUUAUGUGUAUGAAACAAUAAUAAUGUAAAAUUAACAGGCAAAUUCUGUGAUUUGAACCUCUGUGGGUGACUGAGGGUCUGAUUUCGGUCAGGAGCGCAAUAACAGUGAUUAUUCGUUUAGCCCGGCUCCAGGGAAGAGGGAUGUUUUGGAAAGUAGAUCUUAAUGGGGAAACUAUAUUAAGAAGACUGUAUGAACAUCUCUAGUGUAUAUGAUGUGUGCAGAAACCUGUUAAAUGAUUAACAACAUGAUUAUAACCAGUAUGAUUUUAGAAACUAACAGAAAAUGAAUUUAGUGUUGUGUUAUCAAUGAAUGAUAAAAAGAGAGGAAUUGUAAUGGAA